AUGCUCCCAGACACAAACGAAUAGCCUUAAUCAAUCGAGGAGUAUGGAGGAUUUCCAGGAUCCAAAUCAUUUUCGAUCUUAGGACUUUUGACUUUAGCUCUGGUUUAUGCAAAGAUGACAGUCCACUUUUAUGUCAAGUGGACACUCAUCUUGAGUCCUAUGAUUUUCUUUUUUGCCUAUAAAUUUCUGAAGAGCAUAUACAACAUUAGCUAGUAAUCCCGUAAGGAUAAGAAUUUAAGUCUCAAGCAAAGGAAAAUUAUUAUGUUAUGGAAUUUAUGUUAAUUGUUAAUCACAGCACCUUUGGCAGUGUCCACAUUUUAUUUGGGAGAUCUAAUCGAAAAGGCUAUUCAAUAAUAAGAUAUAGCUGAACCUCUAAUGCACUUAUUUGCAUGCUUUGCAUUCACUUUAUUAGUAUAUUUGCUAUAUUCAUUAAGUUCAUAAAAAGAAACAUCUUAAAAUCAAUCAAGCAAUAAAAGCAUUUUAUUAAACUUUGUAUUAUCAAUGUUUGGUAAUUCAGUCAGCUUUUGUGCUGGAGGAGUUUGUAAUUCAUUUUACAUCUCAACACUCUCUGCAUUUUUUUCAGCCUUCGGAAUUCCAAUCACUCAAUACCUACAUUAUUUAAACUAUCUAUGUAUUAUCCUACUAGCCUUUUCUCUAUUGUCAUUAUAUUCAGUUAAAGAAUCAAUACUUUAUGCUCCCUUUUUGAUGACCCUAAUUGGUUCAAGUUUAAUUGUAAAUGAUAUGUUUUUUUAUAAAUUGCCAUAUGCACUUUGGAUUGGAAAUGGGAUGAUUAUUGGAUCAGCAUUUUGGAAUUCGAAAUUGAAUUAAUUCAGCUUCUUUAAGAGGAAGAAAUGA